AUGUUGACACUGUCUGUACUGUAUUCAGAUAAUGGCAUCAAAGCAGAGUUCAACCGCAACUGCUCGGCCGAGGGCCCCUCGGGGCCACAGGCCAACCCUAUCAAAGCCUCCAGGACCCAUCAUGAGCUGCAUAAGGAACUGCUCUUAGCCCACAAAAAGGGUAAGGCUCUGUGCAGUAAGCCUGAGCUGCAGCAGGUGCUUGAGAGGCGUAAGAAGGAGCAGACUCAGAAAGAGGAGGGAGACCAGGCCAGGACUCCCCUGGAGGAGGUGCUUCUGAAACGCCAGCAGAAAAACACUGAGAGGGAGAAGCACGAAGGGGAGAAAGUGCAGGAGGAGGCCCAGCUGUUGGAGUUUGUCCGAGUCCGACAGAACCUGAAAAAGAUCCAGGCUUUCCACAAGGCCACAAACUCUUGAGUUGGUUGCGUGGAUGGGCUUGGAAUAGACUGACUGAGACAGAGUAGACUGUUGUACUGUAUGUUGCCUGAGAAAGGACAUAAAUCAGCAUUGACUCUCUCCCAACUUCUCCAAAAUGGCUUCCUUACACUGUCCCACACAUUGACAAUAAUGCGUUUGUGUGCAGAGUCAGAAACUCAAACAAUAUCACUGGUACGAUUUGAAGGCAUAAGGAUACCUUGAACAUGGAAAUAUUUUAAACCAAGGAGAAACAUCGACAAAUGUUCUCAUUUGAACUAGUUGUGGGGGAAUAAAAAAACAAUAUUGCUGUUCAAUGGAUCAGUCAAAAGGGUGUGGAUCUAUGGUUGUGAUGUUAGGACUCAAGACAGUAUUCAGUCAAUUGCGGAUAUAAAACGGUACUUUAGAAUGGAGGAAAAUGCAGUAUAAAAAAGACACUUGUAGAUGUUGUCCUUUGAGUUUGAUCAUGUAUACAGUACCUUUUUCUUGUCUUUUUGCUGUGGAGCUCAAAUUAGCCAAUGUCAGUAUUGUGAGUUUAGGCAUGUGUUUCCAUCAGUUUCUUUCAGUCAGAUGGGGGGAAAACUUGGGUUUUUACUUUUUCCCAUGUCAGACAAAUGAAAAUAUUGGGUUUGAAAAACUUGACAAAUUAAAUAUUCAUUUUUAACAUAUUGUUGUAGAGAACGGCAGGUGCUAUAUCAUGCAUGUCAAUUAAUGAAGUAACUUGUGUUCCUAAAUGUUUAAUUUAACUCUAAAUAAUGGUAUAUUUUGUGUUUCUUUAUUCCCAUGAAUAAUUUACUGUGUUCACUUAUUCUACAGUACCUAACGGUAUUUUUAAUGCUUUUGAACGGCCCUGUAGUUAUGCAUCUGAUGUUUCUGAACUAUUGCACUUACAGUAUACAGUGUGUUGGCAUUUGACACUGUAGACAAUAGACAUACCUUGUAAGCUAAAUAAAUAAAGAUACAAGUUUGUAUUA